ACAAGAAACCAAAAAUGUUGUUAUCAGAAGUGAUAAAUCCUGUAACAAAUAUGAUAGAAAAAAAAAUUUUUAUGAGUGUCUAUUCCGCCAUGAUAAUAUCGAACUCAUGAGAAUUAUAAAAAAAAAUUUAGAUCUUAACCUGCCAAGAAUAGUUGUUACAACAGAGUGAAUAGAAAAAUCUAAUAAAAAUACAGGUGAUUCCCACUUGUUUGAUUUAAAAUGUGAUAAAAAUAAUCGGACUGCUAAUGAAAUUAUACUGAAUGUUAAAUUUGAUGAACCAAAAUGUUCAGUCAAUUGCUCACUAUUUAAAACGAAAAAGUAGAAUUAUAUUUUAGUAAUGGCUGCCGAAAUCUACACGAUGACAUACUUUUAUCGAAGACAUUUGAUUCAAACUUCAUGGAAACUGAACCAGCUUGGAAACACAACGUCGAUGAACAUAUACAAUUCAUAAAUGUAAUACGUAAAAAAAAAAAUUAGUUAAUUAUAAUUCCAGUUUUGAAAAAUAUCGACCCGAAAAAUUAAUGUGCAAAAUUUUAGUCAUUAAAAGUUAUCAGCAUUUCAUAAACUAUUUGAUCCAUAAUCUUAAUAUUCCAAGUUAUUCAUCAUUUGUGUGUAAUAAUGGUGUAGAAACUCAAUUUUUUGGAAUUGAUUUUUCUUGAAUACAAUAAAUCUUUAUGAUUUAUGUUAACUGCAAACAUAACUUGAUGAGAGUAAUAUUAUUUUAUUGUCAGUGUCAUAUAUCUUUUUCAUCAUCAUGCAGUUUUGAGAACACUAGUGUGCCACAGAUAGCUGAAAGUAACCCUAAUAUAUUAUGCUCUACUGUACCAAAUAGUUAUGAGUCGAUUUCUAUAGUAAUAGCUAAUUCUGAAGAAGCAAGUUCUUUACUUAUUGACAGCAAUGUUUUGCCUUCUCCAAACAUUACUGAAGAGAUAAAUGCUUCGUCUCAGUUGUAUGUUGCUUUACCGGAUUUGAACAACAGUAAUUCAGAACUUGAUAAUGAAACAGUUAUCUCUUCAAAAUACAAAAAUCUAAAAUCUCAGAAAUCACAACACAUUCACAAAAACGUUAGCAAUAAUUGUGAAUCCUGCUCAACUGAUAUUUUAGUCAUGGAAAACACAUAUACAGCACCUGCAACAAAUAGUCCCAAACAUUCAGAUAAUGCUACUCUAAAAGAGUUUCACGAUAUGCACGUCAUCUUAAUGCAAAGCAUAGUGAAGAACAAGCGGUUAAGAAUUUUUUAAAACUGCCACCAAAAUCUAAGAAACGUAAAGAUUCAAUUAAUUCGAUAAGAAGUGAGCACGCUCUUGUUUUCAACCAGAGCCAUAAUGCAAAAAUAUACGGGUUACAAGUAGCUCGAUUACCUAACGAGACAGUAGGGUCUCUCUCUCCUAGCCAUUGGGUUCCGUGUCCAUUAUGCAAAAAUAUGUCCGAUUUAAAACUUUGAGAUACCAUUAUCGUAAGUGCUCGAAUAGUACUUUACCUAAUAAUCGUGGCAUUUUAGCUCAAAGUAGAGAUUUGAUGAAUCAAAUUCAUAAAUCAGCCAGUGCUGUUGUUAAAGAACAAAUCUUUUCAUACAUUCUAGUAAAAUAAUUUAUUCGAUACGAUGAACUGGUUAUUUUGUACGCGAACAUAUUAGUUGCAAAGUAUACAUCUCCGGAAGAGCAUGCCAUGAUCCGGCAAAGAAUGAGGAUGAUCGGUAGAUUUUUACAGGCUGUGAAAGAAAUAGAUCCAGAAAUAAAAAAUCUCUCGAAUUUAUUAAUACCAGGUAAUUACAGACUUUGUAUGGAUGGUAUUAAAAAAUUAGCUGGUAUGUCAGAUGAUGGAACUGAAUUCAAAGCACCUAGUACAGCUACUGCGCUUGGUACACUAUUAAAAAAUAUUUGCGAAUUUUUGAUAAGAGUAUAUAUCGAACGGCAAGAUCAUAAAAAGAAAAACGAGACUGAAGAUUUACUAAAAUUAUUUAACGGCGGUUUUGAAAUAAUUAAUCGUCGUGCGACUGAAACUCUUGUUAAACGAAAGAGAUUAAAGAAAGUAACUCUUCCUAAUCAAAGUGAUAUUGAGAAAUUAACAAAUUAUUUAGAAAGAAAGCGACAACGCGCUUAUAACAAGUUGCAGAAAAAAUUUAAACAUAAGUACUGGUUACUGUUAUCAGAAACUACGCUAUUGCUGGUCCAAGUUUUUAACCGUCGUCGACAAGGUGAAGCUUCAAAAACACUAAUCGAGGAUUACGAAGGCUUUAAAAGUUUUCACGAUGAAAAGAAUAAAGAUUAUUACGAUUCAUUGUCCGACAGUGAAAAAAAAAUUGCUGAUACUUACAUAAGAAUCGAAGUACGCGGAAAAUUGAGACGAACUGUUGCGAUGCUGAUAUCUCCUGAAAUACGUGAAUCAUUUGAGACGAUUAUCAAUUUUCGUGAAACUGCUGGUGUACCAAAAAAUAACCCUUAUUUGUUUGGUUUGCCUCUUUUGAAUGAUAAGCGGUAUAAAAGAUUGAGCGCAUGCAAUCUACUGACAAAAUAUGCAAAUUUAUGUAAAGCAGAUGAUCCGGCAACUUUGAGGGGAACGAUUUUACGAAAACAUAUUGCAACUCCAAUUGCAAAUAACAAUCUGACAAACACUGAAGUUGCUGAUAUGGCUGAUUUUCUCGGACAUGCUGAGAAAGUUUAUCGAUCUCAUUACCGACAAAAGGAAUGUCGUCAGAUUGCGACGAUUCCACAAGUUUUACAAGCUGGCAUUGGAAAACAACAAAAAAAAGCUGACGUUCCGUCAUUUAAUGACUCAAACGAAGCUGAAGAUCAUAAUUUGUCAUCAGAAAAUGAGAGCAUUUUACCAGCACUGUCACGUCUACAAAUUAUUGCUAAUGAACGCUCAUACAACAAUCGCCAACUGGGAAUUUUGAAUAAGAAGUUUAUUGAAUCUAAUGAAAGAGUCCAUAAUAAGUUCGACGAUAGUGAAGACGACGAACCGAAAUUAAAAAAAAAAUUAUGCUCUCGCAUAGCUUGGAAUUAUAUAGUAUCUAAGUCUUACCCUCCUAAACAAGAAGUAGAAAAACUAAUUGCUGAAAAUAAAGGCAUAAUUGGACGGCGCACGCCUAAACAAAUCAAAGCUUGGUUGAGUAACCAGUAUAAAAAAGCAACAAAAUAAUUUAUUUAACAUUCACUUUGGUUAAAGAUUCCGAUUGGAAUGAGAUGGAGUUUAAUCAGAAUGAAUCGGUUUCAAUCAGAAAAAAUGCAUAAAAAUAACAAUAUUUUCCGAUUGAAACCAAUUGAAUCUCAUUCGAGAUUCGUAGUCGGAUUCAAUCGGAAAAUAAUACUUUUAUUUUGGUGCAUUUUUUUCGGAUUGAAACCAAUUCAUUUUGGUUAAACUUAAUAGGUUCCCAAUCGGAUUUCAGUCAGGAAUUUCUGAUUCAUUCUAAUGGGAUUCAAUGGAAAUUUCCGAUUGAAUCCUAUUGAAGUGAAUCAGAUUUCUCAACCAGGGUGUAUCGCUAUUAUUUCAAUAAGCAAUUUUCAACAGUUAGUUAUAUUAUAUUAAAGAUAAAGAACCAAAACUAACUAAAAGAGUAAAAUUAAAAUAUAAUAUAUUGAUAUUAAAUAGUAUAAAAUAAUAUAAUAUAUUUUAUAAACAUGUAUUUAAAUUAUAUGAAACCGUCCCAAAAGAAAAAUUUGAUACUGAUAAAUACUGAAGAGAUUUCUAAUCAGGCUGUGAAACUUAAUGUGAUUUUAUAGUAUUAUAUUAUAUUAUACUUAAAAUUAUAUUAAUAAUAGAUUUAUGCCGAUUAAGCUAUUUAAAUAAAUUUAAAAAAAAUGUUUCAAUGCAGUGCUAACUGUCAAAAAGUAAAAC